UAGCGAUAUUUGGCAAGUUACCAUGUAGCUAGUUUUCAAAUUUUCUGGUUUGGUGUUUACGCAUAUCGGGUAUUGGUUUGUUUUCUUGUCCUAGAGAUUACAAACAAAUGGAUGUAUUACAAUCCCUUACAAACUUUAGCGGAAGGUUUUAUGGAGAUAUAGUAGAAGAAAAACAGAGUCAUUUAGAGAAUACUUUUCUCUCUCCCUUUAAUAUAUACACUGCCCUGGGAAUGAUCCUUUCUGGCAGUGAAAUGAAUACAAAAGCAGAGAUAAUGAAAGUGAUGCACUUAUCUAAUUGUUUGGAACAUCAUGCAAUUCACUAUGGAAUCAGUGGACUUUUGUUUGACUGUUCAGAACGAGGUGAAGGUGUUGAGAUAAUCUUUGGGAACGGAUUGUUUACAGCAGAAAAUGUGAAUGUUAAAGAAGAUUAUCAAAAUACUCUUAAGAGUUAUUACAACGCACAAACGGAAUCUGUGGCGUUUCAGAUGGAUCCCGAAGAUGCUGGAAAACGAAUAAACCAAUGGGCUAGUUCACUGACCAAAGGAAAAAUUCAAGAACUCCUUUCGUCUCAAUCGCUAUCAACCGACACAUCAGUUUUGGUAAUAACUACUACAUAUUUCGAAGGUAUGUGGGAUCUACCUUUUCUUCAGGGAAGUUCACACGAAAGCGACUUCUUUAAGCUUGACGGAUCAACGAUGAACGUGAAGUUAAUGUAUAUGAAUUCCUCAUUUGACAUGACCAGUUUACCAAAUUUGAAAUCACGUGCUAUUAAGAUACCAUUUAAAAAUCCUAAAUUCUCGUUAUUGAUCGUUCUUCCAAACACAAAUGAUGGAUUACUUGAGUUACUAGAUGCAUUACAUAGAGAUGAUGGAAUUUCAUCGAUUCUUUCUUCUAACUUUAAGGAUACCAGUUUGCAUUUGUACUUACCAAAGUUCAAAUUGAAGGAAGGCAAUGCUAUAAGCCUUGUAGACUGUCUACAAAAAAUGGGAAUGAAAGAGGCUUUUUAUCCAGGAUCAGCUAACUUUACAAAUAUGUCUGAGUCAAGUAAUUUUUGUAUACGAGAUAUACUCCAUAAGGCUAUUCUUGAAGUAAAUGAACAGGGUGUAGUAGCAGCUGCAGCGUCUUCUGUAGAAGUUGUACAACUUUCUGCACCUUUACCUGAAUUCUCUGAUGAGGAAUUCCGUGUGAAUCAUUCAUUUUUUGUUUCAAUUAUAUGGAAAGAUUCUUUACCAAUAUUUCUUGGACAUGUUACAAAUCCAAUAGAUCAAUAUUAAUCGUGAUAUAUUGAAUAACUUGACGAUUUCUUCUUGAUAACUUGUUUUCAAUGAACCUUUGAAUGUUUUCUGUUUUUUUUCACAGUAAUUUAAAUGUAAUUUUCCCUUUCGAAGUUGUUGAUCAAUGUAACUAUGAAUGAGUUUUUUUUUGUUUUGUUAUGUUGUCAUGCAAAAUUUAUUAAAUUUCACUUUUAUUAA